AUGAAGGCCUCUGCGCCUCGUCUCUUCCAUGCGCUCCGAGCUCUUCAACAUGAAAAUCCCCUGGGGCUGCCCAGGACUGGCUCUAUUCCGCGGUUCCAAAGAGGUCUGCCGGAGCGCCGUAAGAUCAAAGAUGUCGCAAAGGUCAUCGCGGUAUCAUCGGCCAAGGGCGGAGUGGGCAAGAGCACAGUAGCCGCCAACCUCUCCCUAGCUUUCGCUCGGCAGGGCCACCGAACUGGUAUACUAGAUACAGACAUCUUCGGCCCGUCCAUUCCAACAUUAUUUGAUCUUUCUGGGGAGCCGCGGUUAUCGUCAAAUAACCAGCUGGUACCCAUGUCCAACUAUGGCGUCAAGACCAUGUCCAUGGGCUACUUGGUCGGCGAGGAUGCGCCCGUGGCGUGGCGUGGUCUGAUGGUCAUGAAAGCCUUGCAACAGCUUCUCCAUGAAGUCGAUUGGGGCGGUCUGGAUGUGCUGGUGCUCGACUUACCACCGGGCACUGGCGACACGCAGCUGACCAUUACGCAACAGAUCGAAUUGGACGGCUCAGUCAUCGUGACUACACCACACACGUUGGCGGUCAAGGACGCGGUAAAAGGUAUCAAUAUGUUCAAAAAGGUCAACGUGCCGUUGCUGGGGUUAGUGCAGAACAUGAGCAUAUUUAACUGCCCAUGUUGCAAUCACGAGACGGCCGUUUUCGGCUCCAGUGAGAGGGUCAAGAAGGUCUGUCAGGAGCAUGGCAUAGACAUGCUCGGUGAUAUCCCUCUGCAUCCCAACAUUGGCGACCAUGGCGAUCAGGGCAAGCCUACGGUGGUCGCGGAACCCGACAGCUCGAGAGCUCAGGCGUUCAUGAAAAUUGCGGAAGAAGUCGGCAGGAAAAUCGGACUGUAA